AUGGACGCCCUCCUCCCUCCCGCAUCUCCAAGUUCGAUGGAACUAACUUCCACGCCUGGAAGUUCAAGAUGCAAGAUGGUGCUGGAGGAACCGGACCUAUGGGAGGUCGUCAGCGGUGAGAUCAAGGCGGAACAGUGCGGGAGCUCGGCCAUGGAAGAUUCCCAACUACCGGUUGGUCCGGUCGGCAAGUGGUGCAUGCGACGCAUGGUCAAGGUUGAGGAAGACCACUUCGAGAAGAAGAGUCUUGCCAACAAGCUGUUCUUGCGCCGUCGCUUCUUCACGACAAUGACGGAAGAAGGCGACGAUGUGCUCGAGGGCACAUCAACAAGCUCAAGACGCUGGCGGAACAGCUAG